AUGGCCAUCUUACAAACGUCUUGGACUGUCUACGAGCGUGUGGAUGUACUGCUGGUGAGUCCUAUGGCUUCACUUUUGGUACUGUCAUUUGUAAAAGUGCACAAGAUCACUGUGACAACCAAUAACACAAUGGAGGAAGCUGCCGGCGGCUGUGCGGACACACAGGAAGAGCUGAAGCUACACCGCUUGAACAAGACGUGA